AUUAUACACAACCUAGAGAUUGUCGAUGUACUUGGGAUGGGAGGAUAUGGCCAGGUCUACCUUGGACGUCACUUGGAAACAUCUCGACUGUACGCCAUAAAGUCACUCCCCCAAACUGGACUCGACCUUCGCCAGCGCAACUUCCAGCGCACAGAAAUCAGUCUCCACAGUCGUCUCUCAGCUCACCCUCACAUCAUCGGCCUCAAGCACGUCAUUCGCCAGCCGGGGUGGAUCCAUGUUGUGAUGGAGUACGGCCCUGAGGGCGAUUUGUUCUCGUCCAUUGCAGACAAGGAUGUAUACUUUGGAAACCACGACAUCAUACGCAAAGUGUUCCUACAGCUCAUUGAUGCCGUUACUUACUGCCACGACAAUCACGUUUACCAUCGGGACCUCAAACCAGAAAACAUCCUCGUUUUCGAUGGCGGACACACCCUCAAGUUGGCUGACUUUGGACUAGCGACCACUGACCCAAUCUCAAAGGAUUACGGCUGCGGGAGUGGUUUCUACUUUUCACCAGAAUGCCAAGGAGAUCUUGCUCACCCUGCACACAGAGUAGGAUAUGCAUCUGCUCCAAAUGAUAUCUGGUCACUCGGUAUUGUCCUCAUCAACCUUGCAGCAGGUCGCAACCCAUGGCGACAGGCAUCUCUCAAGGAUGAGACCUUUAAAGCAUACAUGUCCGAUCCAGAUCUUCUGUUCAAAAUCCUACCCAUUUCCAAAGAACUCCACACUAUUCUCAAACGCACCCUGUGUGUCGAUCCUAUCCGACGAAUUGAAUUAGACGAACUUAGAGAACGCAUUGCUCGCUGCCGAUACUUUACACGCACGCCG